UUCCACUAUUUCACUGUCACUGGGGAGCUGGUUUCAGAGCUGCAGGACAGGUUUACUCUUUUUACAUACCAAAGUCCCUCUCAGAUAAUUUUUCCUGCAAUCAUGUCCACCCAGUCUUAUCCUCAGGAUGCCUACAAGGCUCUGCUCAAAGGCAUCCAGGAGUUGGACCUUCAGCACUCCAGUGUUCCUUGUAACCUGGUGCUGACAGGAGAUGCCUUUCCUUUAGGGAUAAACAGCCAUGGCCACAUCCUCAUGGCUGCCUCUGUGUAUGGCAGAGGAAGAAUUGUGGUCCUGAGCCAUGAGGCCUACCUGACCCUCUGUCCUGCUCUGGUAGAAAAUGCUCUGACCUGGCUGGGAGGAGGAAAGUCUGCAAAUCUGUCUUUGGGGGUGCAGAAAAAAAGGAAGGCUGUUGCUGAUAACCUCAGCAGUUCCAGCUACAAAGUCAGUGUCGUUGAGGAAUUUAGUAAAGAUCUUGGAGUCGAUGUGUACGUAACAGAUGCCUAUGAAGUGGGCACAAAAGCAGGAGACCUGGUAGCCUUCAUGAAAGCAGGUGGAGGAAUUCUGAUCGGUGGGCAAGCUUUGUCGUGGGCUUCACAGAACCCAAAAGAAAACCCGAUCCUUCAGUUUCCAGGGAAUAAAGUUACAGCAGUGGCAGGAAUCUACUUUUCUGCUCAGUCCGGAAAAGCAGAAAAAUUGCCCAUUUACCCUGAGAUCCCAACCUCCUGGAAAGCUGUACGGUGUGGUUUGGACUUUAAAGAAGAUCUGGAUUUCUUGCUGAAAGGGAUUUCAGAGUUUGACAUCCAGGGUGGAUCAAUUGCCUCUGCAGCUCUGGUCCAUGGUCCCCUAGCUUUUCCCAUCUGUACCACGGAUAAGGGAGAGGCGUUCCUUGCAGGAUCCCACUUUGGGCGGGGACGCGUCAUUUUGGUGACACAUGAGGGCUUCUUACAACACGAGAAGCUGGCAUCAUUUUGGAAGAAUGCAUUCCAUUGGUUGGACCAGGGCAGGAAUGGAGUUGUUGGAUUUGAGCAGGGCAUCCAGACUUUACCCAACUUGGGGUUAAAGUGUGAGACCACAGAGUUCAGACAGGAUCUUAGCGUGUUUGUGUGUCCACCAUACAGUAGCGUAGAUUCUGAGACCAUCCAGAAGUUUGUGGCAGAGGGAGGAGGAUUGGUGAUUGGGGGACAUGUCUGGAACUGGGCUGCAACAAACGCUGGGAAAAACCCAAUGAAGGAUUUCUCAGGAAACAAGAUUCUGAACAAAACGGGCUUGAGCUUGUUGAAAGAAACCAUAACAUCAGGCGUCUACAAAGCUCCUGAUCCAAGCCAGGUCAACAACUUCCAGUUCCGUCAUCUUCUGCAUCGCUUUGCUGAACAUGUUCUGGAAGGCGCAGAACUCAGCAAGCAAGAUGAAGAGCAUCUUAAGAGGCUGGGAGGAGAUUGUGCCUCCUUCCUAAGGAUGAAGGCUUAUGACAGUUUCUGCUACGUAGAGAUUAUGUCGCUCCUGACUGACAUCCUGAAGAAAGGGGGAAUACCCAAGGUGAGUGAGAAGAUCUCUGUGAAGAGUCCUAAAGACCACAUGCUCCUCAGCCUGGCAUCAGAUGUCUAUGAGGCUUCUCUAAACAAGGAGGAGCUUCUGCCACAGAUCAUCAAGGUCGAUCCAGUACCUGUGGUCAAGAACCAAAGCAUCAAGAUCCAGGCCCAAACAGGAGAAAACGAGGAGUGGAUCAGUACAGGCCUGUACCUCUCUCCUGGCAUGAAGACACAGAUUAUCUUACCGCCAAAGCUUGUUAACACUGGAUGGAAGAUCCAGAUAGGCUGUCAAAGUGAUGAGCUGUAUAAAGAGGAGUUAUGGAGAGCGCCCUAUGUGAUCAAGAGGUACCCCGUUACAACAGAGAGGAUGCAGGUGUGUAACAUGUGGGGGGGACUCAUCUACCUGCUGGCACCACGUGACGUAAAGGUGGAGGAGGAAAUCGUGGUUGAGGAGGCAGUAUCUGCUCCUUAUUACAAGUCUGGUGAGUGUGUCGCCAUCUGCACAUGUACCACAAAGCGAUGUUUUAAUAAGCUAAUGCAUUUAAUGGGCUUUAAGCAAAUGCAUCGGAGUAUUAGUUCAUUCAAAUAGAAGGUAUUAAAGACCCAAAGAGCCGCCCACAUUAUCUCUUAUGU